UAUAUUGAAAAACAAUAAAAACAGAUUUUGUAAAAAUGUAACUAUACUAUAUUUAACAUACUAUCAAUCACGAGAGGUAUAAGAAAAAUAUCAAGCCGCUAUGAUUGAACAAGAAAUUUCAUGGCAAUUUUACAUUUUUGUACAUAUAUUAUCAUUAUUAUCAUUAAAUGUACCGAAAAUUGCAGCGUUUGUGGCCCAGCAGUGCUUACUUAAUUCUUUUCGUAUGUUAUACUUUAUCAACGGAUAUUGUACUAUCCGAGAACAACAAUUAUCACAUUUUACAGAAUCUCAAAUCUGACCGCAGUCAUCCUGAUAGUGUGAGUUUGAAAAACAAAAUUGAUGAGAUUUCAUUUACAAAUAUGUCUGUGAUUCCAGAAUCUAUUGAAAGUAUUUUGAGCAAACCAACAUCUCCCAGAGCAUUUGUAGAAUUCCAUAAUGAAUUCCUAAAUGAAGAUGACGACAUUUCUGUGACAUCCAGAUGGAACCAACCUGAAUUUAUAGACGAAGUAAUACAAGGAUACACAGUGCAGUGUUGGUUCAUCGAGAACCAAAAAGAGAUUCAAAUUUGCAACAACGAAAGUAUCUCAGCUGCGAUAUUGGAACGCACAGUGCACAAUUUAAAACCUAACACGACAUACUACUUUCAAGUACGAGCGCAUACUAAAGUUGGUGCUGGACCUUACACAGAUUUAAUUGAUGUUUCGACUACGCACGAAAAUCCAAUACCGCGAUUAUUGACCAUAUUGGAAAAUGGUAUCGAUAUAUGGGAUCUGGAUUCAAAUACCAGCGUUAAUCUCGUUAAACGUUUAUCGCGUAAUAAUAAUGUGAUAAGUGCCGCUUAUUCGAUAGCGGAACAUAAAAUUUAUUGGAGCAACGUAGAGAGAAAGCUAAUGAUGUUGGAAAUUAAUGAAAACAAUUACACAAUGAAAAAUAUUACAAAAAUAACUGAGCUUCAAUAUCUUGCGCGCAAUCUCUGCAUCGACUGGAUAGCGAGAAAUCUGUACUGGAUGGAAUCCGACUAUAUAUCUGGUUUUUGUGACAUUGUGAAGCUCGACUUAACAAUGUGGGAAAAUGGCAUAAUCAAAUAUGAUAAAAUAUCAAAAAUAAAAACCUAUCUUGACAUUGAUCGUUUAACUAUAUUACCGUCUAUAGGAACCUUAUAUUGGACAAAUUACUCUACGGAUAAUAAUUGGCAGAUAAUACAAUCGGAUCUUGAUGGAAAAAACGCUCGAACCUUUCAGAACAACAGCUUUAUUAUGUCCUUAUUACGAUUCCCACUCUAUACGUCAAAUUAUUUAGUUGAUAUGAAAAUUGACGACAUGAAUACUAAGGAGCCGCUAGUUUAUUGGCUAUGGCAUGAUUUUUUGUUUGUGACAGACAUUAAUGUUUCUAUAAGCAAUUUGAUUUUACAAACCAAUAAUAUUAUGAAAAAUGAAGUACAUAAAAUAAACUUCCAAUCUUUAACAAUUGACAAGACAAACAUUUACAUUUCUAUAGCUUUAAAUAAAAAUAUAUAUGUUUUGAAAAAAGAGUAUGCACUUCUCACGAGCAAAGACGCAUUCAAAUACAUCAAAAUAAUAAGAGCGUCUUCCUGGAUUAAUAACUUGUACGCUUUCGGUAAAUCUUCGCAACCAUAUCCUCCGACGAGAUGUCUGAUACCUGACAAAAAAGUUUACAAUAUAACAAUAUUGACGGAAACGACGAACAGCAUCAUUGUAAAUCUUCCGGAGCCGGUCCCUAAGAGUGGAUGCAAAAAGUACAACUUACCUACCACCCUAUAUACCAUUAACAUCAUAAGCUAUUGUUUGGACAAGGAGCUUAACAAGUUCGAUAAUUUCACCAUACAGACGUACGAGCGAUAUUACGAGAUUCAGAAUUUAACGCCGUUUACAGAGUACAAGUUACUGCUAGUAACAAGCAAUUUUUGUUUUGAUCAGUUAUCAAUGGACCCAUUAUUCAGCUCGGAAAUGAUAUUGAAAACUAAACCGGACAAGUUCAACGCACCGGAAAAUGUAACAGUUCAGGCUCUGACGCCUACUAUAGCGGCAGUUUAUUGGAUGUCACCCAAGAAAUUAAACUGCGCGUUCGUGAUGUACAAAAUAUACUGGACGUUAAUUACCAACAGUACGCGAGAAACAAGACAGUCCUUAAUUAUCAAUAAAACCGAGCAUAAAGUAGACAGCAAAUUUUCCAUAAUCGAACCAUUGAUACCAGGACAGAAAUACAGAGUAUAUGUAAGCAUAUAUCCAGGCAACUUCAGCGAAUAUUAUAAUAAUAGUUUGAGCAAAACUUUGUACAUGUAUUCGGAACCAAACAAUAUAACUUUGAACGAGGUUAGCAUAAACGGUAUGAUUAUCUCGUGGAUUCCUAGCGUUAAUUUGACAAUUCAAUACGUAUUGGAAUACAAAAAUGUUGAGAUGCUGGAGUGGCGGAAUGCAAACAACUUUGAGCCGAUUAACGAAGGGAAAGUAAUGUACUAUAUAGAAGAUUUACUACCAGGAACUCGAUACGAGUUUCGUUUGAUACUGAGAUACCCUAAAUACGAGAAAGACUUUACAUGGCCAUCUGAUGGAAGAUUUACUUUUUCAACACUGACAAGUGAUAUUUCGAGCACUCCUGGAAUAUCGGUUAUGCAAUAUUAUCUACCAUUCACCUUAAGCCUUGUCGCUAUAGUAAUCUGCGUCUGCUACUUUUACUAUUUGUAUCGACAACGCAAAGAAAGUAACGAGCAAGUUUUGCCUUCGACAAUGGGCGACAUCGAAUUAGAGACUUUAUAUGAGAUACCUAACGUUCCUUAUGUUCAACUCAACACGUUAUACAGUCCUAUGUUGGAAUAUAAUUCGGACAAAUAUGCACUGACCAAAAUCAAAUAUGAAGACAUCAGACUAGGAAAACUUUUAGGCAGCGGCGCAUUCGGAAUGGUGUAUCAAGGAAGAGUAAAGAAUUUAGAAGGACCGGGCACAGAGAUAUCCGCUGCUAUAAAAAUGCUUCGAAAAAAUGCUUCCUCGAAAGAGAAAGAGAAAUUUUUAGAAGAGGCCAUGCUUAUGAAUCACUUCCGACAUAAACAUGUGUUAAGAUUGCUGGCCGUCUGCUUAGACGGCAAAGAUUCUCCAUUAAUCGUGUUGGAAUUAAUGGAAAUGGAUCUGCUACAAUAUUUGAGAGAUAGUCGAAAAUUGCAACCAUCAGAUUCGCACGCUUUGCGUUUGCAGGAUUUGUUCGCCAUGUGCGAAGAUGUUGCGCGAGGCUGUUGUUAUUUGGAAAAUCUGCGUUUCGUUCAUAGAGCUCUCGAGGCUCGAAAUUGCUUAGUAUCCUCGAGAAAUCGCGAGAACCGUGUCAUCAAAAUUGGCGAUUUUGCACUAGCUAAAGAUAUUUCUAAGAAUGACUAUUAUCGCAAGAUAAGAAAAGGUCUGCUCCCUGUUCGCUGUAUGGCACCGGAAUCUUUGGUGGUCGGAAUAUUUACUUCCCAGAGCAACGUUUGGUCAUUCGGGGUUCUAAUGUGGGAAAUUACAUCAUUGGGUGAGCAACCCUACACUGGCAAAACUAAUCUAGAAAUGAUAUAUUAUGUACGCAUUGGAGGCAGGUUACCGAAACCUCUCAAUUGUCCACCGACUUUGUACGAGUUGAUGCUACAUUGCUGGAAUCCAGCGAAUGAUAGACCAAACUUCAACUUUUGUCUCAAAAAUAUUAUAGCUUUAAGAAAUAACAUAGAAGAUACCUUACUGAAUCCAGUGGAUAUUAUGUAAUCGAUAAAAUUAAAUCAAUUAAUGACAUUAUUUUUCGAACGAUCUAAUGAAUCUUAAUAUAGAAAAAAUAUUUGGAUAACUAAUAUUCUGCCGCUUUCGAGUUUAAUCUUAAUAUAUUAGAUUUGUCGAUAAAAAUAAAAAAGACAUUUUUCAAUUUUACUUUGCAAACAAUUUUGAUGAUUAAAAACACAGCACUUGUUCUUACAACUGUAAAUAACGUGAUGCUGAAGCUAGUAUUUUCGAAUAACCUUCUGAUAUUACUAUAAUUAUGUUUAGAUUGCCACAGUACUUUUAGAAAUAAUGUUUCUCAUAUUAUAUUAGUACCUGCUUUAUAUUCCUAUAUUGUUUCUUACUUAAAUGCUUAAAUAAAAUACACA